CUACCCCCUCGCACCUACCACUACCACUCCACCUCAACUCACGCCAGCACCACCACAUCCCCUCACGACUCCGCCGCCUCAUCCACCAAACCAACACUUGAAAGCAAGAAAAACCACAAGACAAUGGACCACCCCCAAACCCCCCGCAUCCUUGCCCCGCACCUCCAAUCCUUCCAGCACAAGCUCGUCCGCAUGCUCGGCAAAGUCGUCCAACUGCGCGGCGAAACCGCCGUCAUUGACGCAGGCGGGAAUGUCGAUGUGAUAUUGAACCGGGACUGCCAUCUAGCGAUCGGCCACGCUGUCGAGAUUAUCGGCAAGGUGGACGGGAAUCUGAACGUCAAGGUGCAGGCUGCGACGGACUUUGGGACGAACAUCGAUUUCAACGCCGCCAACGCAGUAGUGGAAGUUACGCAUCGGCACAAGGAGAUUUUUUACGACGGAGACUGAGCGGGUACACGGCUCCGGUUCCGCAGAGCCGGGCUAAAGAUGUAAUGGAGGCGAGUAUGCGGCCAUAUGAUGGGUGUUGGCCAGCGGAUAGCUGAUGACUUCGUCUCGACAUGAGCACAAGUAUCGCCAACGAAAGAAAGGCAGGAGCGGAUGUAAACGACUCAAAGCAUGCAGACGGCGAAUGUAUAUGUGUAUAUGUCCCCAUGCUAAAAUCC